CCAGGGGCGGACUGACCAUUCGAGCUCUCGGGCACUGCCCGAGGGACCGGAGUCAGUAGUGGGCCCCAUGAAAUGCCCCUGGUACCUUUUCUAUAGGCUUUUGAGUGUGGGAAAGGACACAGGGGCCCCAUGAUCCCCUAUUUCCCGGGAGCCCCAUGAGUUGUCAGUCCGCCCCUGGGUACCUCUUCAUCAAUUCCACAGUGCUGCCUUAUCAGUGCAGCCUACCAGUGCCCAUCAGUGCUGCCUAUCCAUGC